CGGCACUGGAGCGGCGGUGCCCUCCGUCGAGGAUCGGAAGUCCUCAAUCGGAUCGAAUCCUAGCAAGAAAGUCAUCAUUAAGAGCGCAGACAUGAAGGAGGACAUCCAGAAAGAAGCUAUUGAUAUUGCAAUUGGCGUUCCUAUGUAACUCAUGAGACGCAUCACUUUGUCUACUUCUAUUUGGACACUAAAGCUGUACUCCUCUUCAAAUCUGGCUGAUCCGUGCAAUGACUUGAAUGGAGAUGGACAUUGACGGGUGAUGAAAAAGAUAAGAUGAUUAUGUUACAGCCCUCUCCUUGCUUUUUGUACGUAUUAUGAUUCAAUAUCUCUAUAUAUGGAAGACUCCCUCGUUCUUGUAUAUUUUGUGUGAUGUGUUGACACUAAGGAGUAAGGCGUCGUUAGUUCCCACUGUUUGAUGUCCAUUUUUUCUGUUUGCUUUGUUCUUGAAGAUAAGAAUGGUAAAACAAAUUUAUAAGAAAUCUCUGCUUCUGUAUAGUAGCACAUGAGUUCUUAUCUGCAUAUGUUCUUGGUACGAUCGCUGUGUUAUGAUUGGUUCGAGCAAUGGCUAGGGGUGUUCUCGAUUUGUCUUUCUGUUUUCUUCAAGACUGUAGAGUUGAUUAAGCUCUUUCUAGUUUUGUGAAUGACAUGAUCUCGACCGAGACUUGAUGUUAUUGUGUAAAUGCUACCCUUGAUGAAAUAUACGAUGUUUAGAAGCAUUUUCGCAUUUUGACCCUUUAUAUAUACGCUUUGAUGAUCCUCACUACUUACCUACUUUGUUUGAAUCUUGAUUAGGCCUAUCUGAUAUGUGAAAAGGAGACUAGCUAAACCCUAAUAAGAUCUUAUUCCAAAAUCAAUUGAUGAUGGAAAGUGGUUUAUUACCACGAGUAUUAAAGUUGAUCUCUUUUUAUUUCAUAUUUCUUGAUGUGGAAUACACUGAUAAAUUUAGAAAUAGCUUUAAUAUCUGUAUGGUAAAUUGAGAAAAACUCUUUUUCCACAAAAACAAAUUAUACUUUGGCUAAAAUUCUCAAAUUGACGUGGUAUCUCCAAAAUCAAUACUCCUAUAAUUUACUCAUAUCGUGUAAAUUCAACUCAAACGAAAUAGACACAAGCAUCAUGAUGGUAUUUCUAGAAUCGAACAAACAAUAUACGACGCAUUGGAAGAAAGGCAUGUCAUUCUCUUUCAAAACUCAAGCCUAUAUAUAAGUAUUAUCUUUAACGUUUUUCCUUUCUAAUUAAUUUCAUUAUGAAAAUAUCUUUAAUUUUUACUCCUAAUACGUUUCGAUUUUGGGAUAUACAGUUAGACCAUGUCAGCUCAAGAGUCAAAGGGAGAGUAAAUAUGUAUGCGGCGAUGUGAUUCCUGAAUAAACGAUGAUAAGAAAAACGAGUUGAUUUUCUGUAUUUUAUUAGUGAAAAAGCAGAAAUUCCCCAACCAAAACCGCCGUCAGUGACACCACACAUGACACCCUUUCUCUCUCUCUCUAGCUGAAGACUUCAAUUUUCAAUUAAAGAUUGAUUUUUUCAUCUUCGAUUGAGUAGAGUAGAGGAGAGGAGAGGGAGUGAAGUCCACCUCAAUAAUGAGCCAAGACACGAAGAGGAACGGUGGUGGAGCGGCGGCGGCGCUCAGCUCCUCCGCCGAGGAUCGGAAGUCCUCCAUCGGAUCGAAUCCCAGCAAGAAAGUCAUCAUUAAGAGCGCAGACAUGAAGGAGGACAUCCAGAAAGAAGCUAUUGACAUUGCAAUUGGCGCGUUUGAGAAGUUUAGUGUAGAGAAGGAUGUGGCGGAGCACAUAAAGAAGACAUUCGACAAAAAAUACGGCCCAACUUGGCAUUGCAUUGUUGGCAAGAAUUUCGGUUCUUAUGUAACUCAUGAGACGAAUCACUUUGUCUACUUCUAUUUGGACACCAAAGCUGUACUCCUCUUCAAAUCUGGCUGAUCCAUUGAAUGACUUGAAUGGAGGCGGACAGUGACGAAUGGAGGAGGAGGAGAAGAAGAAGAUAGGAUGAUUAUGCUGUAGCCGCCUCCUUGCUUUUUGUACGUAUUAUCAUUCACAUAUCUUAAUCCAUGGAAGACUCCCCUGUUCUUGUAUAUUUUGUGUGAAACGUACUGUGUCGUUAGUUCCCACUUUUUCAUGUCCCUUUUCGCUGUUCGCUCGUUGUUCGUUCUGUGUCGUUAGCGCAGGAGUACUUAUCUUCGUAUGUUCUUGAUUUGAUCGCAUGUUAUGGUCGGUUUGAGCAAUGGCAAGGGGUGUUCUUGAUC